AUGGACGCGGUCAAGCUGGAGGCCAAAUGGCCGCCCGACAGGAAGUCCACCAUCGAAGCAUCCCAGUUUGGUAUCUUCAAGGAGCCGUCCGCCGGAAAACGCCUGCGCACCACUGACAAGGCCACCGGAUGUCUCCUGGUACUAUCCCUGAUCGCUGCGGCCGCUGUAGUGCUGUACUUCACUUUCUAUGAUUAUACAGUUCCAACAGCUCAGGGUGCGUCUACUGGACCAAUAGUGAGUUACGCAAAAUAUGUAAAAGAAAAAAAUACGAUGACUACUCAAAUGAUUAACCGUUCAGCAGACGGGUUUCUGACCUCAGUUCUCGGUGUGCAAAAUGCCGAAAACUACACGACACGUGCUUCGGAGGACGACGUAGAUAUUAUCACCAAGAGGAUUGACGACGGUAAAUUAGGAAACGGUAGGCACAUGCGAUUGUAUCCGCAGCUGGCCCCACAACAUCCGGAGUAUUUAUCCUACGAUUCAAAUUAUUGGAGAACUAAUUUAAAUAAAAAUAGUAAGCUCGAAUAUGCAGAUUCUAUAUACGGGUUCAAUCGGAGGUCGGACUUUCCACAAUUGGCGGCUUAUCGAGCGCCGUUCCCGCCAAAGAGCAUCUUGGACGUUAUGAAGUAUGUGACUGGGGCCCCUCACAAGGCAAACAUUCCGGAAUACAUGAUAGCACAAGAAUCCAAAACUCAUCGGUACUAUCCUAUCCGACCGGCAGAAGAAGUCAACAGAUUCCUCCCGGACGUAAAUACUCCAAGUGCCAAUUUGAGGAGAUUCCGCAACAAAUUUGGUCCGCCGGUAUUCUUGACACCACCUAUCAUGUCGUUCCCGGAUGACUUUAUGAAGCCACCCGACCUCGACGCCCGUUAUUCGAUGGAUUUCGAGAGUGACAUUCCUUUAGACCUUACGCUACAAGAAGGGUCAGCUAGUGUACCGUCACAUACCGGCGUAAUAUUUCGUCCACCUUUUAACGACGGUUAUCCUGUACCAGACUCGCCAAAACCAAAAAAAGUUAAAAAUAAAAGAAAAAAAAAGCCAAUAAGCGUAAUGUUAGACAUCUAUCCAUUAUCGGAUAACGAACACGAAAAUGAACAAGUUGAAGAAGAAGAAGAAGAAGUGCAUCAUUCUGAGAUGAUUAAUUCGUUAAAAAACAAUGUUCUGCACUCAGAUUCAGACAAAUUAUUGUUUAGUUUAAACUUAUUUCCGAAAUUCAGUGAAGGUGGACGUAGAAUUUCUAAAAACUUAAAGUACGAAGAACAAGAUGAUCAUAAGCCAAUUAUUCAUUUGACAACGCAUAAACCAUUACAAGACAAAGAAGAAAAAGACGAAGAUGAAAAACAACUUGGAUAUGAAUAUUCGUCGGAAUCAAAAAAUAUAGCAAAUAUAUCAAAAACACAAUAG